CUCCUGUUCUUUCUUGCCAGGAAGAAGCCAUGGCUGCUCCUGAAGAUCUCCAUGAUGAACUGACUUGUCCCAUUUGCCUGGACUAUUUUGAGGACCCCGUCACCUUGGCAGAAUGCGGGCACAAUUUCUGCCGUUCCUGUCUGACCCAAUGCCAUAGAAGAAGAAGAAGAAAAGGUGCUUGUCCUCAAUGCAGAAAACUCUUUCAGAUAGAGAACCUCAUUACAAACUGGCAUCUGAAGAAUGUGGUGGAGAUUGCCAUGAAAAUGCAAGAAGGGAGAGGGAAGGAAGGAGGAGUCCGUGUCUGCAAGAAGCACCAGGAGCCCCUGAAGCUGUUCUGCAAAGAGGAUGAAGUCCUCAUCUGUGUGGUAUGUGACAGAGCCAAGGCGCACAAGAACCACGAGGUCGUUCCUCUGGAAGAGGCUCCCCAGGACUACAAGGAAAAGAUUGCAAGCUAUCUGAAGAGUCUGAAGAAAUUGCAAGAGGAAAUGUGUGCAUUUAAAACACAGACAGACACAGAAAGCCAAGUCCUGCUUAAGCAAAUAAAGACAAGUAGAGAAAAGACUCUAGUUGCAUUCAAACAGCUGCACCAGUUUUUGGAAGAACAAGAGAAGCUUCUGCUCUCUCAGAUGGAAGAAGUGGAAAAGGAGAUUGAAAGCAAAAGGGACGAGCAUAUGGCCAACUUGUCAGAGGAACUCUCUGGUCUUGAAAAUAGCAUCAGGGAGAUGGAGUUGAAGUGUCUUCAGCCAGCAAGUGAAUUUCUGCAGGAUAUUAAAACCACACUGCAAAGGUGUGAAGCAAGAAAGGAGUUCAGGAAACCUGUUAUUUUUCCUCUUGAGCUGAAGUGGAAGAUCUGUGACUAUGGAGAUAAAGUUCUGUGUCUGGAACGUAUCAUGAAGCAAAUCAGAGUCAAGCUAAUACUUGGAUUUCCACUGCAGAAAGCAAAUGUAACUCUGGAUCCAGACACAGCUUAUCCUAAACUCAUCCUGUCUGAGGACCGUAAAAAUGUAACAUAUGGAGACAUAUAUCAAAACCUUCCUGACAAUGUGGAGAGGUUUAACAAACUUGCUGCUGUCCUAGGACGUCAAGGAUUUACAUCAGGCAGACAUUUCUGGGAAAUCUGUGUGGGAGAGGAGGAUGAGUGGCUGGCAGGUGUUGCCAAAAAGUCUAUGAAGAGAAAGGGUGACAUUGCCUAUGGGCCUGAGGGGGGAAUCUGGGCUAUUGGGAAGUGGGGUGGUGCAUACAGAGUUACUAACAGUCCUCAUUACUCAACUGUGUCUCUGAACAGUGAGCUCAAAAGAAUCCGAGUGUCUCUGAACUAUGCUGGAGGUCAAGUGGCCUUUUAUGAUGCUGAUACAGGAGCCCAUCUCUAUUCAUUCUCUGUGGCUUCAUUCACAGGAGAGACACUUCUUCCUUUUUUUAAUGUGUACAAAAAAGGCUGUGUGAGCAUUUCUCAUUAAUGUAGGUAAACAAGUUGUCCACAAAUCCUGGAAGAUUACGAAAUGGAUUAAUUCUAUGGAUUUAUCUCCUGUAAAGGGCAGAAGUAGUGCUUUAGUGCAGUGGUUCCCAAACUGUGUUCUGUGGAAUCCUAGGAUGCCGCAAAAGCAUAGUAGGGCCUCCACAAAAAAAUCUUAAAAAUCAAAUUUAGAAAAGAUUUUAAAAU